AUGGCCAACACUGACACAAAAAGAACUUUUCAAGACCCUAUUCCACUGCUACAAAGGCUGCAACAGCUGAACGUACCACAAACAAGUACGAAGCCGAAGCCAGCUGCCAAGCCCAGGCUGCAGCAUCCUGGUGGGGCUCCGCAGCUGGCACUGCCAUCCGCCAUACCCAGACCCAGCCCCCGGGACAAGAAGACAGAAACUGCUGUCAAGGCUGCGGGACACAGGCAGCCCUCUAAGAGGCUUUCCACAGCAAUCCCUACCGUGGCUUCUCGCUCCCGACUGCGGCCGCCAGGAAAAGUGCCUUCCCCCAAGCGCUCUCACCUAGGAUCGACUACCCAGGAGCUGCUGUGCAACAGGACCCGAGAGCUGAAGGAAAACGGCCAGGCUGACCAGACGUGGGUGUGCGUGGGAUCCCCUUCUCCCAUCGUGUUGCCCCCCGUCCCUGCUCCGGGCUGCGGGGAGGCAGCCCCUGCUGAGCAGCCUGCAGGUGAUCGGCUGUCCCAGGAGCUGAAGCGUGUAAAGGACGAGCUGGAGCGAGUGAAGGGCGAGCUUGCUGACAGGACUGCCCGGUGUGAAGCCUACCGCCAGACAAUCUCCUCCUUGCAGGCUCAGCUCAGAGCAGCAGGAAUCUGGCCAGAAGAUGCAGCAGUAGACGAGAACGGUGUCGUGGGGAGAGACUGACAGCUGGCACACGGGACAGACACAACAGCGACUUGUCCAGGCACCUGGGCCAGUGAUACUUGUAGAGCACUUGAACAAAUGGAUAUUUCCUUAUAUUUAAAAUAAACUUUUUUUCUUUUCUCA